CCUCCAACGCCCGGAUCAUGGCCCAGAAGCCGAAAGUAGACCCCCACGUCGGGCGCCUGGGAUACCUGCAGGCGCUGGUCACGGAAUUCCAGGAGACAGAGAGCCAAGACGCCAAGGAGCAAGUCCUUGCCAACCUCGCGAACUUCGCCUAUGACCCCAGCAAUUACCAGUAUCUGCGGCAGCUGCAAGUCCUGGAUUUAUUUCUCGAUUCACUGUCGGAGGAGAAUGAGACCCUGGUGGAAUUUGCUAUUGGAGGCCUCUGCAACCUGUGCCCAGACAGGGCCAACAAGGAGCACAUCCUGCAGGCAGGAGGCAUCCCGCUCAUCACCAACUGCCUGUCCAGUCCCAAUGAGGAGACGGUAUUGUCCGCCGUCACCACGCUCAUAUACCUGAGCUCACCAGGCCCAGGCUCCCACCCUGAGCUGACUGCCCUGCCCGUGGUCCAGUGCAUGCUGCGCUUCUCUCUCUCUGCCAACACGAGGCUCCGGAACCUGGCUCAGAUCUUCCUAGAGGACCUCUGUUCCCCAAGCCUGGUGGCCGAAGCCCGCAACAGGCAGGCUCACUCUGCCCUGGGUAUCCCUCUGCCGAGGACUGCAGCCCCAGAACAGCUCUGACCUCAGGAGACCCCAAGGCCGGAGAACUCGGUCCCAGUGGGGGCGUGGGAAGCUGGGGGAACAUAGCUCCCUGGAGCACAUUCUGCCCCAGUGGUGCCUUUUCAGCCAUUUUAAAGGUGAGUUUUUCCAGCACGACGGGUAUUUACACUGUGAUGAAAAGGCAGUACAAGUGAGGAAGCCACACUUUGAGACACUGAGACACAUGGCGAAGGAAGUCAAAGCGGUGCCAUCUUCGUAGGCUGGCACUCUCAACCAACUGGGGGUGAGGGCCCUGCCUCCAGUGCCACCUCACUGCCAGGCUCGUGCCCUCGGGUAAGCAGCAGCUGGGUCCCUGGAUCCAGAGGCUUUGCAGAAGGGCGUUCUCAGGAGGAGCAGCUGGGACUGAGGCUACGGAGAGUUGCCUGCGCCUGAGGAAAUAAGGGAUUACCACUUCAAGAAACGUCUGGAGUAAUUUUGAGGGAUAGAAGGGAGAAGCCUGGUGGUGAAAGGAUCUCGGCCCUGGGAAGGUGUCACGCCUCCCUCUCAAGCUCCCCAGGCUGAGCAGCAGGGUCCCAGUGGAUGCCGACCUGGAUAUCGCCGCGGCCCGGGUUAGCCGUCCACAGACCAGAAUAAAGGCAGAAGCCCUUGGAGCUGCAUCUUCUCCCCUGCCACCUGUGGCCCUCCCUCUCUGCUGUCACAGUCAGUGAGGGGGAGGCCCUACCCCUAGAAGUGUACCUCAGGCUCGUUAGGGAAUCGGGGAUGCAGGUGAAAGAGUGAUGGAGCCAGAGGAAGAGAUGCGACAUAGUGUGUGUGCGCUGGUCAACAGAGGAAGGAGCGUGGGAAAAGUGGGGGUGUCCUGGCCUCUCUUCUGCACUUCCUCAAGGUUGACCCCUUAGAUGGCCAAGGAAAGGCAGGUGCUAGAGGAACAGUAUCCAGGUGCAUCUGGAAUGGGGCGGAUUCUCGGGUCACUGGCCUAAGGAGAAAGAAGGGACGGUCUCCUCAUCAGCCCCUGUCCCUUUACUUUCCCAAAUAAAAGAUCUAAAG